GCUGCCCUAGCUCCCGGGAUUCCCUGCAGAGCUGCUCCCUCCGGAGACCCAGUCUACAACCCACCGGUCACCGGCCCUCGGCCAGCCCCGCGCCUCCCUGCCCCGCGGGUGAGGGCUUUGGCCAGCGAUCUUUCCGCGCGUGGCAAGGACCUCAAUCCUGAGUUCCUGAGCCUCUUCCUAACCCGGGAGGAGCCCGGGACCUGCCCCGGUGAACCGACUUCAGAAGAACGGAGUGCGCAAGCGGAGCAGCAGCACCUGCCCAGGGCGAGCGCGAGAUCUGAUGGAGGGGGCCCAGUGAUCCUGCCCUCGACGCCUGUUUUUCUUCUCUGCAGGUCAGGCUCGUGCGGGGAGUGAGAAAUGUACCAGAGCUUGGCGCUGGCUCAGAGCCCCAGCCAGGCCACCUACGCCGACUCGGGAGCCUUUCUGCACUCCUCGGGAGCCGGCUCCCCGGUGUUCGUGGCACCCACGCGCGUGCCCUCCAUGCUGCCCUACCUGCCUGCGUGUGAGCCGGGCUCGCAGUCUCCCGCGCUCGCCGCACAUUCCAGCUGGACGCAGGCAGCUGCCGCCGAUUCCUCAGCCUUCGGCUCCGGAAGCCCGCACCCACCAGCCGCACAUCCACCCGGAGCCACCGCCUUCCCAUUCGCACACAGCCCCCCGGGAUCGGCCAGCGGCAGCAGCGCGGGGCCCCGGGACGGCGGCGCCUUCCAGGGCGCGCUAUUGGCUCGCGAACAGUACCCAACCUCGCUCGGGAGGCCCGUGGGUGCCUCGUACCCUACGACCUACCCAGCAUACGUGAGUCCAGAUGUAGCCCCUUCGUGGACCUCCGGACCCUUCGACAGCAGCAUCCUGCAUGGUCUGCAAAGUCGUCCUGGUGGCCUCCCUGGCCGGAGAGCCACCUUCGUACCUGACUUCUUGGAGGAGUUCCCUGGUGAGGGCCGGGAGUGCGUCAACUGUGGAGCCCUGUCUACACCCUUGUGGCGCCGUGAUGGCACUGGACACUACCUAUGCAACGCCUGCGGCCUCUAUCACAAGAUGAACGGGGUCAACCGGCCGCUAGUGAGGCCCCAGAAGCGUCUGUCCUCGUCCCGUCGAUCCGGCCUCUGCUGCUCCAACUGCCACACUGCCACCACCACCCUCUGGAGGCGCAACGCAGAGGGCGAGCCUGUGUGCAAUGCCUGUGGCCUCUACAUGAAGCUCCAUGGGGUGCCAAGGCCACUGGCAAUGAAAAAGGAGAGUAUCCAGACCAGAAAACGGAAACCGAAGAACCCUGCCAAGAUCAAGGGCUCCUCAGGUGCGCAGGGAGCCAAGAGGGGCCACUCCCAGGCCUCUGAGUCUCACUCUAAACCAGCCCCUGGAUCCACAGCAAACACCGCAACCUCUUCUCCCACUAUCCUCAACACCGAGAGCUCAGCCACCACUUUGAAGGCAGAGACAAGUCUGGCUUCUCCAGUGUGUGCUGGGCCCACUGUCCCCUCCCAGGCCCCCAGCCCAGCGGACGAAUCCCUGGCCCCCAGCCACUUGGAGUUCAAGUUUGAGCCUGAAGACUUUGCCUUCACCAACUCGUCCCUGAGCCCCCAGGCUGGCCUCAGUGGGGUCCUGCGUCAAGAGACCUGGUGUGCCCUGGCCUUGGCCUAGGUGCUUAGAGAACUGUCACCCCAGGGGAUCCUAGGAACAGAGGUUAGUUCCUGAAACCAGCAGCCCCAUGGGUCCCUCAGCACUGUCGUGGGAAAGCUUUUUGUGCUGACUGCCUAGAGAAAGAAGAAGGCUGGUGGAUGAAGGGUUGGAGCCCCAUCUGGGAUAGCAAUGGACUGCCCAGACCCCUCAUGGACUGCUCUGCAGCCAAGAUGACUGGAGAUACCCACCAAUUACUUGAAUUCAGCUCUUGCCAUCAAUGGUCAACAUUUACAGUUUGUAGCAGCUGGCAAAGGUUCACAGCAUCCCCCAGUAAAAUCUGAUCCAAGUGAAACAAACAGAGUCCAGGCAGGCAAUAAGAGAAAGGGGACCCGACACAAAGCCACUGGAGCCUCAAGGUCUUCAUAACCCAUGUUUCACUCUGCAAAGCUGAAAGGUUCUUUCUUGCCUAUGGAUGGAUGCAGGACUGCCGGAGACCAGUGUGCAGGUUGAGCAAUGAACCAGGACACUACCCCAAGGCAAAUGCAUCUCUCUGGCCAUCAUCACAAACUUCUGUAUUUAUUUAUACAUUCCUUUCCAGACAGGGCAGUAAAGGGCCUUGUUCUGGCAAUCUGCACACUUAGGCUUUUGCUGGUGGGUAGACCCACACAGAGACAAUCUUGGAACUGGGUCUUGGAACUGGGUGACAUGUGGCCUUGUGGCCUGGCUCAGCCAUCAUCCCAGCAGUUGUUAAAGCAGCCUUAUUUGCAGUAUCCUCUUCAUACCAGGUCAUGUCAGCUGGUGGUGACUGACCAGGAGCUUCGGGUCAGUUUUAGGGCCCUGAUGCAGCAAGGUGAUGGCAGUGGAAGGCAGAGGUGUUCUGUAGGCCACACACCCUCCCACAGUCUUAUCUCCACUGGCCACUUCCUGGCAUUUCCACUGCCAGGUGAGGAAACCAAGAGGUCACCCAACCAUGAAGGCCACCCCUAACCUGCCUCCUGUGUGGAUCCUCAAUUUACCCAGUUCAGCUUGAGGGGGGAGGCAGUGGGCCCCAGUAAGAAGGAAAGCAAAGGACAAUAGUCUGCAACCUUUGCAGACAUCACAAGGACAAGAACAAGACAUGCUUCUGUCACUUGCUCCAAGUGGGCAUACCUCCCGUCCAUGCAUCUGUCGAAGGCAAAGCCAGCUGCCUGGAUGUCUAUUGGCACAUCCCAGAUACUGGGGUAGGGAGAAGGAGGGGACUAGAGACCCUGGCACAUGAGGCACCGUGUGGAUACCUCCAAGCACCCACGCCCCAAGUAUGCACUGAUGCAGACCAGACCACAGCAGCCGCAUGAGGGCUAUGUACAGUAUUCUCACUGCAGGGCUGUUCCUAUCAUCCAAGCCUCAGUUUCCCCAUCUGUGAUGAGAGAGGUGUCUGUGAUCACAUCUGUAACUCAUGCAUCUUCAAGGUGGCGCCAGGCACUCACCAACCUGGGGAGACUCCCUGGAGACAUCCACAGUGAGAGGCACAAGGCAGGUGGCAUCUCCUUGGGCGGAGAGGAAAGGAACUCAGCAGAGAGGGGCAUCCAGACAUGAGAUACCUUCCACUUCUGUUGUCUUUUUUCUUUCUUUGUUUUCUGUCUUUGAGACAGGGUCUGACUAUGUAGCUCUGGCUGCCCUGGAACUCAUUAUGUAGACCAGGCUGGUCUCAAACUCAUAGAGACCUCCCUGCCUCUGCUUCCUGAGUGCUGGGAUUAAAGGCAUGAGCCACCACGCCUGGCUUUCUUUUUCUUUUUUGUUUUGUUUU